CUUUGUCUCAUCUCAAAACCAUGCUUUCCGAAACAUUGAAGGUCGGUAGCCACUCAACUGAAGGGGAGAAACACCGCCAACUCGACCAGGAAAUCAGAGGCGUGGUAUCUGCCAUAACCAACCACGCCACUGAGCUUCACAAUCCCGGUUCAAGCUGCCAGGAGGAGGAUGAGGACCACGGUGGUGCAAGUAUAAUCACACUGGCGGGGACCAACCACGGAGCCACCAUGCGGGGCGAGAUGGGCCAGACAUCUGGCGGGAGACACUGGCUGUCCAUGGAGGAGACUAACUGGUAUUUGUACUUAAACGAUAAUUUCCAAGCAAUCAACAACUCUCUCGUGCUCGAGACCUACUACAAAACCAAUAAUCCCGGUGUCCACACGGAGGUCUUGGAUGUUUUCAAGCACGAUCAUUAUGGUUGGAAGGAGAAGAAGAAUGGAAAGAAGAAAUCACUUAAGAGCAACCAACAUUCAGGUUAACAAUGGCAGCUUAAAUACUAUGAAGGAGUUUACUUAAAUUGCACAUAUUGUUGUUGUUUAAUUUCCUGUAUGUACAAGGUGAAAUCAAGGGUGUCUUUGCAUGUUUUGGUUGGUGUUUAUAUUAACAGAGGGAAAAACAGAGGUAUCCUCUGUUCUGUUAGUACGCAUCAGCUGGAAUAUCAAGCAAAGUUGUCUGUGCAAAUAAUCUGCUGCAAAAUUU